UUUUAAGAGAGCCCUUCUGAACCACUGGAUGCUGUGGAUAAUAGUUUGGCUGCUAUGGUAGUAGUGGAGCCCAAUACCAUUUUAUGGUGUUAGUUUUGUUAUUAAAAAAAAACUGAAUCUAUUCAACAUUGAAAAGUUUACCCCAGCAAAUUUCCCGGCCAAUCAGUGAAGUCCGAAUGUUCCAUCCAUUUUGUCUGUACCCACCUGCCAUUUCUCCUCUUAGAUAGAUUGUUAGUGGUUCAACUUUCAUUUUGUUUUAGGGUUUACUCCUAGUGAUAAUCUAAGUUAGCUCUUUCAAUUGUAUAGACUAACCAUAUCAUAGCUUCCCAUAUAUCUGCCAUCCAGAAACCUCCAAGCAGAGUGGCAGGAUGGUGGACCCAAAAGCAUAAGAGAACUAAACUCUCGGAGAAAAGCCAAAAAGGGCUUAUAUGUGAAUUGGCCGUCAAUCACACAAAAAGCUUCGGCUUAUCUACAUUUGCUUGGCUAUUUUUUGCACCUGUGCUUCUGUCCAUUAAGCAAGUGGCUGGGAAUUAAAUUUUAGGCUUACCUUUUAAGCAAACUCAUCUACCUUUCUUAUCUUGUUUUAUGGGUAGUUGGGUUAUCCACCCUUUUGACUUACAAUUUACUUAGCUAAAAUGGGCAGAUAAUAGCUUAUUUAUGGGGCGGUGUAAUGGUGUAUAUUAUUUGUCCUCUUAAGUCUUGACCCAUGAUGGAUAUGGUCAUUAAAGAGACGAAAAAAGGUGCUAAGACCAAAUAUUCCUUGAAAGGUGUAUAAACCAGAUAAGAUGGUCUUGCUGACUAUGAGAAAAUGUAUAUAGUUGGAUGUGGCAAUAAAUUGGGAUAUAACUGCAAAUUUUCCAACCUGGUCUUUCUUAGAGUUGCACCAGGAUUGCCUUGCUCAGUUUUACACAAUUACAGAUUCUGGGUACCUGCCGUUGCAUUUCCAGGACCCAGAUGGAUUGAACCCUCAGUUAUGGGGGAAGGUAGAAACGGAUGGAUAUUGUUUUGGAACUAGGCUGUGGAUAUAGUGGGCUGGAGGCAAAAGAAUUCCAGUCAGCAAUACAUACAUGAUUCUAAGGUUAGGUUUCCUGGUUGCUGCUUCAAUUGCAGCUUUUGUAGUUAAGCAGCAGAACGUCAAGGGUUCAAGGUUAUCUACCAAGCCUACAGAAAAUGGUGAAGCACGCUUGCAACAGCAUCAUCUUGAACGGGAAGAUAAAGAGCAGUUCACAUGUUCUGAUAAAUGUAUCAAAGAGAACGACGGCAUGGAAGAAGAGGAGGAAGAAGAGGUGAAACUGAUCAGUAGCGUAUUCAACCGGACUUAUAGUGAUCCACUUUUUACUGACGAUGAUGAUAUGCUACCUGAAUUCGAAGAUCUUUUAUCUGGAGAAAUUGAAUAUCCACUACCCAGUGAUAAGUUCAAUAAUUUGGAGAAAGACAAAGUUUAUGAAACUGAAAUGGCUAACAAUGCAAGUGAACUGGAGAGAUUGCAGAACCUUGUAAAAGAAUUGGAGGAGAGGGAGGUGAAGCUUGAAGGUGAACUGCUCGAGUACUAUGGAUUGAAAGAACAGGAGUCUGAUAUUGCCGAGUUGCAGAGGCAGGUCAAGAUCAAGACAGUGGAGAUUGACAUGCUGAAUAUUACCAUAAACUCCUUGCAGGCUGAGAGGAAGAAGCUUCAAGAAGAGAUUGCUCAAGGAGCCUCUGCCAGGAAGGAGCUGGAAGUGGCAAGGAGCAAGAUCAAGGAGCUUCAGAGACAAAUUCAGCUUGAUGCUAAUCAGACUAAAGGCCAGCUAUUGUUGCUCAAACAACAAGUUUCAAGUUUGCAGACGAAAGAAGAAGAAACCAUCAAGAAAGAUGCUGAGAUUGAAAAGAAGCUGAAGGCUGUGAAGGAGUUAGAGGUUGAAGUGGUGGAGCUUAAAAGGAAAAAUAAAGAGCUGCAACACGAAAAGAGGGAGUUGACCAUCAAACUGGAUGCUGCUGAAUCUAAAAUAGCAACCCUCGCCAAUAUGACAGAGACUGAAAUGGUUGCUAAAGCUAGAGAAGAGGUUAAUAAUUUAAGGCAUGCAAAUGAAGACCUGUUAAAGCAAGUGGAAGGACUUCAAAUGAACAGGUUCAGUGAAGUUGAAGAGCUAGUAUACCUUCGUUGGGUCAAUGCAUGCUUGAGGUUUGAAUCCCGGAACAACCAAACACCUGCUGGAAAAAUUUCAGCCCGUGAUCUCAACAAAAGUCGAAGCCCCAGAUCCCAAGAGAGGGCUAAACAGCUCAUGUUAGAGUAUGCAGGAUCAGAACGUGGGCAGGGAGACACGGAUCUUGAAAGCAACUUCUCUCACCCAUCCUCUCCGGGAAGUGAGGAUUUUGACAAUGCUUCGAUUGAUAGUUCCACUAGUAGAUACAGUAGUCUCAGUAAGAAGCCUAGUUUAAUCCAAAAGCUGAAGAAAUGGGGCAGAAGCAAAGACGAUUCCAGUGCCCUUUCAUCUCCGGCCAGAUCCUUUUCUGGAGGUUCUCCUAGCAGGACAAGCAUAAGCCAUAGGCCUAGGGGUCCAUUAGAAGCCUUGAUGCUAAGGAAUACGAGUGAUAGCGUAGGCAUCACUUCUUUUGGGAUCAUGGAGCAAGAUCCAACUGAUUCUCCUGAAACGCCAAAUCUUCCACCUAUUAGGACACAAGUCUCACCUGGUGACUCACUGAAUUCUGUUGCAUCAUCAUUCAAACUGAUGUCUAAAUCAGUUGAAGGUGUUCUUGAUGAAAAAUAUCCUGCAUACAAAGACCGGCAUAAGUUGGCCUUAGAGAGGGAGAAGCAGAUAAAAGAAAAAUCUGACCAAGCACGAGCAGCAAGGUUUGGUGACAAUGCAAACUUCGAGUCUAGAGCAAAGUCAGACAGAGAGAAACCCAUAACUUUGCCACCUAAACUUGCACUGAUAAAAGAGAAGGCAGUUGUUUCUGGUGAUUCAGGUGACCAAUCUAGUGAUGGGAAGGCUGUUGAUUCUCAAUCGAUAAGCAAGAUGAAACUUGCCUACAUAGAGAAGAGGCCUCCUAGGGUCCCUAGGCCACCUCCGAAUGCAUCUGGAGAUGCUUCUAUUGGCUCAAAUACCACCAAUCCUUCAAGUGGGGCGCCACAGGCUCCACCCCCACCACCGCCACCACCACUUGGUGGGCCACCCCGUCCACCUCCUCCUCCUGGAAGCCUACUGAAAGGUGCAGGAAGUGGUGAUAAAGUUCACCGCUCGCCUGAACUUGUUGAAUUCUAUCAGUCACUAAUGAAACGUGAAGCCAAGAAGGAUGCACCAUCUUUGACUACUUCAACAUCAAAUGUUUCAGACAUCAGGAGCAACAUGAUUGGGGAGAUUGAGAACAGAUCAUCAUUCCUCUUAGCUGUGAAAGCUGAUGUGGAAAGUCAAGGUGACUUUGUCCAGUCAUUGGCUACUGAAGUUCGAGCUGCUUCCUUCACCAAAAUAGAGGAUCUAGUUGCUUUUGUAAGCUGGCUGGAUGAGGAACUCUCUUUCUUGGUCGAUGAAAGGGCAGUUCUAAAACACUUUGAUUGGCCUGAAGGAAAAGCUGAUGCAUUAAGAGAGGCAGCUUUUGAAUAUCAGGAUUUGAUGAAACUGGAGAAGCAAGUUUCGUCCUUUGUUGAUGAUCCCAAUCUCCCAUGUGAAGCUGCUUUGAAAAAGAUGUACAAAUUGCUCGAAAAAGUUGAACAGAGUGUCUAUGCACUUUUACGUACAAGGGAUAUGGCUGUUUCACGUUAUCGGGAGUUUGGGAUCCCUGUUGAUUGGUUAUCAGAUUCAGGCGUAGUUGGCAAGAUCAAACUGUCAUCAGUGCAACUGGCAAGGAAGUACAUGAAACGUGUAGCAUCGGAGCUUGAUGCAGUGGAUGGGCAUGAAAAGGAACCCGACAGAGAGUUUUUGGUUCUGCAAGGAGUGCGCUUUGCUUUUCGCGUUCAUCAGUUUGCGGGAGGGUUUGACGCAGAAAGCAUGAAGGCCUUUGAAGAACUAAGGAGUCGAGUUGGUUCACAAACAGGAGAAGACAAUAAGCAGGAAGCAUGAGUAAUUUUGUGCACUUAUAUUUUUUCAAUGUUUUUUAUACCGUAUUUUGUGUUCAUACUUACAUGAUGCAAAAUAUGAUAUGAUUGGGUAUUGUACAAUGGCAGUGGAGUUAAAUCUUCUGUGAAAAAAAUAAGAGGAAAAGGAGUUAUAAUACA